AUGUUUUUUUUUUCGAUAACAAGUUUAAUCACGGAAAAUGGUAUUUUAAUCACUGAGGCAUAUGUUGCCCUUCCUCAACAAACAACCCACAAUGGGGACCCCCUCUCUUCAAAGGCCAUCCGAAAAUCCAUGCUAGGUGUUGCAGCCAAGCAAACCGUCGUCAAAUAUCCUGGUAAUCAAUCCUGUACCCCACGAUUUAUCCAGCCGUCCUACUGCACCAAUUACGACUCGACUUUCUCUGACACCAGUUCCUCCUGCGGUAAUUGGGUCUCGAUCUGGGGAGAAGAGAGGAGGAGAAAAUGGAAGCUUCCACCUAUCUGGAUCUGGUCUAGGUACUGCAACAGCUGGUGGAAAACGGCGGCUCAAUUGCUCGAGCUUCAUGACCUCGGCCGUUUGAUUGACUUCACUAUCGCUGUCAGUGGAGAAGGUUAA